GGGGGAGGUGGAGGCCGGGUAAAUUUCAACUUGAGUGCGUGCUGAUGUCGGGAAUGAAGUCACCCACGCAGAGGUACCCUCACGUCUUUAUUCAGGACCAGACCAGGACAGAGACAGACCAUGCGCCACGUCUCAGGACUUCACUGAGUCUAAAGAGGUGAGACAGGAGGACAAGGACACGCCUGCUGGAACGAGGCGAUAACCUGCUGAGAGUUCAGAUCCUCAGGAACCGCUGCAGCUGAACGACCCUUUGUCUCAGAAAACCGAUUCUCACUGCAGUUUUUAUGUGAGAAAACGUCCGAUAACAGACAGAGAAGAAGAAGAGUGGAAGUUAAAUUAAGAUGCUGAUCAGCUGAUGUGCAUAACCCUGAAGAUGUUCAUGCUUUGAUCUGAUUGGCCGUUAAUCCCUCCAGACCCAGGUCCCCUGAUUGGACAUUUAUUCCUGCAGAGCCUUGUCCUUAGAUUUGAUUGGCCAGCUAUCUCUGGAGACCCAGACCCUUGGAUGUGAUUGACCGCCAUGCUGCCCGUCACAGAGGGGUUACCAAUGAACAACCAGACCUUAGUCAACUGCAAGAGGCCUUAUGAGGAGGACCGGUUGCCGCUGCUGGUUCUGUACAUCAUUGUUCUGGUCAUCGGUCUUCCCACCAAUGUUCUGACAAUCUUCCUCACCUGGCAGCAGGUGUGUAGGAAAAAUGUGCUUGGUGUUUAUCUUUGGAGCCUGUCGCUGUGUGACCUGACCUACCUGUUCACCCUGCCCCUUUGGGCGGACUACGUUAACAGCGGCCAUAACUGGCGGUGGAGUUCAACCGCCUGCAAACUGACAGGCUACAUCUUCUUCACCAACAUGUACAUCAGCAUUUUUCUGCUCUGCUGCAUCUCCUGCGACCGUUACUGGGCAGUGGCCUACAGUCUGGAGUCGCGUGGCCUGAGGCGACAGCGCCACGCCGUGAUCAUCACAGUGGUCAUUGUUCUGGUGGUGGCCAUUGGUCACACCGCCGUCUUCACCAUGAAGGAGGGUGAUCCUGAGAGCUUCAGACGCUGCUUUGAGCCGAGUCAGAGCAGCGUCACGGUGAUGGGCUUUAACUACGCCCGCUUUGUAAUUGGCUUCCUGCUUCCGCUGCUGCUGCUGGUGGUGACAAACCGCUUCGUCCUGGCCAACGUGCAGCGCAGCGCAGGGCUGCAGAAAGGCCAAAAACGCCGUGUUUGCCGGUUGGCGGUGGCAGUGGUGCUGCUAUUCCUCAUCUGCUUCGGCCCCUACCAUCUGAUCCUGCUGGUCCGGGCAAUCAUUACCCAAUUCCCCCAGCUGGUAGAAACCUCUUGCCUAUUUGAGAAGAACAUGUACACCCCCUAUACUAUAUCCCUUGGUUUGUCCACCAUCAACAGUGCUGUCAAUCCAAUUCUCUACGUCCUGUCCAGCAACAACAUCCGCAAGGAGUGUUACCGCGGACUCUCGCAGGUCCGUGUCUUGGCGUGCCAUGGAGCCCCAUCCAACAGCAGCCAAAACAAGUCCUUAGAGCUGAAUGCUGGAACCGAGACUGAGAGACAAGCAGGUGGAAGAACAGAGACCUGAGAGAUCAACAUGAGAGAUUAACUGUACUUUUGAAUCCAGAGGCUGGUCUCUGGAGUCUUACUGCUGGGUUCUCCUCCCAAUGCUGCUGGUUUCUGCUGCCCUUUGUUGGCUCUGCUUCCUUUGGUUCAGGUUUGUCCUGUGACCAACCCAUCUAGUUCCCCGACAAGACCGAGGAUGGAAAGUUCUUCCUGGUCCCGAGAGAAGAAAGGGUGCACAAGUGCUUCUGAGCUUCUGGGACAAAACAAUCAAAUCUGGGACAUUUUAAAAACUGAAACUGAAUUUCAGAAGUUUGCUUUUAUAAAACCUUUGAUGCUUGCAACUUGAUUAAAAUUAGGAUAAAAGUAAGGAAUGUGUGACUUUAUUGUAAGCCAAAACAAACCAACAACAGAUCAUUGCAAUUAUCACUGUAAUCUGAUAAAGUGGUCUUGAUCUUUAGAUUUCCAGCCUUUCUGGAUGUCUUCCAGCUGCAGCUUAUGUCAGUUUAAAGGAACCACUUCACUCAAACCUGUGAAUCCAUCAGCAGAAGAAGGCUCCUAACCUUCAGAGAUGAUCUGUUGGCACUUUGUUACCAGAAGCCUGUAUUUCCUUUAUAUUGGUCGAAUCUUAAAGAUCUGCCUUGCAGCGGCAUCCACUGUAAUGUUUUAGGCCUGAUGCAUGUCAAGUAAAAUAUGGGUAAUACUGUGACAGUUUUCUAGUAAAAGCUCUUUGGGGAAAAAA